AUGAACCUAUUACUUGAUGAGGAUGUCAAACGAGCAUAUGCUGAAGGAGAGGCCGUAGAACUGGCCGCCAGAACUAUGAAUGUCCCAAAGGUUGGAUCAAAGAUGGAUAUGCAAAACCGGCUCAAGUUAGCUCGCGUUGACAGCAAAACUCGUCAAUUUGACAUCAAAACUGCCCGUAAAGCAUUGUUCUUGGGGAAAAAGGUUAACAGCAAGGUGGUUAAUGGCUUGCUGCAACAGACCUCUGCUUUUCCAACUCGGAACACUUUUUCCAAGGCUUUAUUUGAAUAUGGCUUCAACUUUUAUCGGAUGUUUACUGUUGACUUCAUGCACGAAGUGGAACUGGGUGUCUGGAAGGCCCUAUUUAGUUACCUACUCCGGAUUCUUUAUACCUCUAGCAACCAGAACGCCAUUGCAACUCUGAACAAAAGAUACCGCCAAGUCUCCCCUUUUGGCCUCACAACUAUCCGACGUUUUGCUAGGAAUGCUUCAGAUAUGAAGAAACUGGCAGCAUGGGAUUUUGAAGAUCUCCUUCAGUGCUCUAUACCAGUCUUUGAGGGCUUGUUGCCAGAACCUGCACACAAUAAAAUUAUUCAAAACCUCUUGUUUGAAAUGGCGACAUGGCACGCCCUAGCCAAGCUUCGACUUCACACCGAUACCACUCUGGACAAGUUGGGGAAUUUUCAGUACGCCACUCGCAAGCUUCCAUCAGAAACAGCCGCGAGAGGAAGAAGACAGGCAGCCAAGGCCAAAAAGGCAGCAAGUGCGGGUCUGCCAGUACCUCCGACUCAAUCCAAUGAACCCAAGACCCGCACGUUCAAUAUGCAAACGUACAAAUUGCAUUCCCUUCCCGAUUACGUCAAUUCUAUUCGCCAAUUUGGCACUACCAACGGCAUAAGCACUCAGAUGGGCAAAAGCGAGCACAAGAGAGCGAAACUCUUCUACAAACGGGUCAAGAAAGGUGAUCAUAUUCGAGGUAUUGCCAAACACAUCUAUCAAGAACGUGUGGUACACCGCACUAACCGUGUCGAGAUGCGCAAGCUGCUGCGUGAGGACAGGGAGUUACUGGAGCCCACUCCUCCUGAUUUACAUUAUCACAUCUCAUCAGAUGUGCGUCAAAAGUUAGAAAUACUACUCUGGAUGUCACAAAACCAAAACGAUCCGGCAACAAGGGACCAGGCUGAAGUGGCACCUGAAAACAGCGCCAAUUCUGAUGACAAUGAAGACAACAGCAACCAGCAUACCAAUUCUGAAGAGGAGGAGGAGGAGGAGAGCGAUGAGGAUAAGGACCGAGGUAACCUCGAUGAACUUGGGUUCACUGAAUACUAA